AUGGCUGAGUUGGCGCUGACCGUUAUCAAAUAUUAUCUGCCCGAGGCCGCCGCUGGCACUGACGGCUGCCCCUCUUCGCAGGCCCGUGCCAUCACCAACAAGCGUUUUAUCACCGUAAACCGCGGCGCCAUGUCGGGAGGCAAGGCCCCGGGCGGCAAGCCCGUCGUGCUCAUCACAGAGAAGCUCGGCGAUCCUGGCAUUGAGAUGCUCAAGGAGACCGCCGAGGUCGUGGUGGCGCUCAACCUGACGCCAGAUCAGCUCAACGAGCAGAUCAAGCGCGCCGAUGCCCUCAUCGUCCGCAGUGCCACCAAGGUCACGCGCGCGGUGUUCGAGGCGGCCAACGGCGGGCUCAAGGUCGUGGGCCGCGCCGGCGUCGGUGUUGACAAUGUGGACCUCGGCGCAGCCACCGAGUACGGCUGCCUGGUGGUGAACGCGCCGACUGCCAACACCGUCGCCGCCGCGGAGCACGGCAUCGCGCUGCUGUGCGCGCUGGCGCGCAACGUGGCGCAGGCCGACGCGUCGAUGCGCGGCGGCAAGUGGGAGCGCGGCAAGCUGGUCGGCGUGAGCAUGGUGGACAAGACGCUGGCUGUCAUGGGCUUUGGCAAGGUCGGCAGCGAGGUCGCGCGCCGCGCCCGCGGCCUGGGCAUGACCGUGAUCGCCCACGACCCGUACGCCAGCGAGGACAAGGCGCGCGCCCAGGGCGUCCAGCUGGUGUCGUUCGACGACGCACUGGCGCGGGGCGACUUCUUCAGCCUGCACAUGCCCCUGACCCCGGGCACCAAGAAGAUGUUCAAUGAUGACGCCUUCGCCAAGAUCAAGAAGGGCGCUCGCGUGAUCAACGUGGCGCGCGGCGGCGUGAUCGACGACGACGCGCUCGCGCGCGCGCUGGACUCCGGGGCCGUGGCGGCGGCGGCGCUGGACGUGUUCGAGGAGGAGCCCCCAAAGGUGGAGGGCCACCCCCUCAUCGGCAGGUUCGCGGAAACGUUCGAUUGCGCAAAUUGCUAA